CACGGACUUUUCUCUCGAGCUGGACUACUUUGACGACGACGACGAGGACGGCGACGAUGGAAUUUGAUCCGCUCGCGAGAGACGCACCGCCGCCGAGGCAUGACCUCGAGUCUGACUCGGAGCUGUCGGAGGGGGAAGGGGAGCAGGGGCAAGCGGGGCCAGAACGGACGCGCAGCAAGGUCUUCGUCGAGCCAAAGAUUCAGGUUCUCGGCCUUUCAAAGAAGCAGGCUCCCCUGAUCGUCGCUGUGGGCGAAACGGGCGAGUCUCUCCUCGCCUUGACCUGUCCUUCCCUCUCCGAGUCCGGCUCGGUCCUCGUCGACGGAGAGCAGGAGGCUUCGGUCCACGUCACUGCUGCUGCCACGCUGGUCCUGCUUCGGCCCUCUCAUGCGCUCUCGUCGAAGCUCGCCUCGUUUCCGUUCGUCGCUGCCGCUCUUCUGGACGCCCUCUCCCCAUCGAGUCUCGUCGUCAUCGACGAAUACACGCCCCAGCUCUAUCUCUCCAAGGACGCGCGGCCCCAGGACGACCCAGUCCGCUACCUCGCCUCGUCCGAGCACGACACCGACCCAGCGCUGAGGCGCUACGAGGCGCCAAACUUCAUCACGGGCCUCGCUGCCGCGCUGCUCACGGCUGCCUCUGCGUCUACCACGGCGCUCCCGUCGAUGGCGCUCCUGCUCCCGACGUCCAAGCCGCGGCCGCACCCGCACUUUGCUGCGCAGCACCCUUCGUCGGCGAUUCAAGCCCAUGCCGAGCCCAUCGAGGCGCACCUGGCCGAGACUGUGUCGAGGCAGCUCAAAAAGUGGCCAGGCACAGACUUGCCCAUCGAAGUCGAGUCCAAAAAAGAGAGGACACUGACGACGUUUCUCGACGAGCGCAGGCAGAGGGACCGUAAGAAUAUUGCAGAGCUGGCGGGGAGCAUGUAUGUAUGAUUACUGGUUGGCUUGCAGAAACAAAGACGAGAAGAGGUAUACAAGGGAAUGUAUAAUGUACAGAGG